UUUAUAUUUAUUUUGAUUAUUUCGUUUACGUACGCAAAUUACACGCAGCACGCACAUGUUUCUGAAACCCUACCGAUUAAAGAGUAGCGCAGCGCUCAAGGGCUCCGAAGCCAAGAAACUGCGCGCCCGGCUCGAGUUGGCAUUUCCGCAUGUGCCGGCCGAGAAUCUGAUGCCGGCAAAGGCGAAUGUGACGCAGCUGAAGAUCCUGACGCAUGGCGGGCAGCAAAGCAUGGUCUACUGUGUGGACAAGCAGCCGAUGUUCUUUGAACUGGAUGGCGGUCAGCUGGUGCCAACGCUCUACACACUAUGGUCAACGCCAGACAUAUUGCCAUAUCUAACCACACACGAGGGUGUGCUGCCCAAGCUAUCCAAUGGCGCGGACUUGAUGCUGCCGGGCGUGGUGCCGCUGGGCGUCGGUCUGAACAUGUACGGUCAUUUCAAGAAGGGUCAGCUAAUGGCUGUCAAUUUGACCAACAACAGUUCGGCCAUUGGCGUGGGACAGCUGGCGCGCUCCAGCGACGAGCUGUACAUGUGCGGCGGUCAUGGCGUGGCUGUUAAAAUGCUGCACAUGUUUGGGGAUAAGCUGUGGGCACAUGAGCCCAGUCUGCUGCAGCAAAUACCGCUGAACAAGACGAAGCCUUUGUCGGGUGAGGACUUUCCCGCCUUGGGAUCAUCAGAUCAGCACCGCAAAACCAUAAAACCAACGCCAACCGAACCGACAACUGUGAGUGAACCGCUGCCACAAGCGGAGGAAACAGACGAACUGACAUCGGGCGCUGCUGCCUUGUCGCUGGAGGAGAUUAGUGAGCCUGCCGCAGAUGCUGCAGCGGAGUCACCAGAUGAACCCACGCCGGAAACACUUUUAAAGAAUGCAUUUCUGGCUGCACUUAAAAACAACGGCAAGAAGCUGCCGCUGCCGCUCCUCACGAGUAAUUUCUAUCGGCUGUACGUGGUGACCGAAGCGUCUGAACAAAUUGAUUUAAAAAAGACGCGCUACAAGAAGCUGUCCAACUUUCUGGCCGAGAUGGUCGACCAGGGUUUUAUAGUUGUACGUGAGGAGACCAAGGGCGUUGACAAGAUCAUUUCCGUAGACUUGGAGCAUCCAGAGCUGGUGAAUUUUAUAACGGAUGUCAAGACUGGCGACAGCAGCGGUGCCGCCGCAGAGACGCCCCUAUUCCAUUCGGAGCUAAAGGAGAUGUACAUUGUUUCGGAUGUAACCGCCGCAUUCUUCACUAAAAUGAACUACAAACGCGGCGAGGGUAUACCCGUUGGCCAGGUCAAGAAGAUUGUGCGCGAGUAUGUGAGCAAACAUGGCCUGGCUGAUCCGCAGACAAAGCUGGUGCGUCCGGAUGCGGUGCUGCUGGAGCUGUGCGGCAACCGUGAGGGUACCUUGAGCGAAAUCACCUCCAUAAUAACCAGCAAGAUGGAGCAUUCCUAUCAAAUGUGCAGCGGAAAGGAUACCAGCGGCAAGCCGCAAAUCCAAAUGUCCCUGGCCACACGGUCCGGCAACAAAAAGGUGACGCUGGUCAGCAACAUCGAAGCCUAUGGCAUCAUCAUGGCCGAGCUGAUAAAGCUGUGCAAACAGGGCGCCGCCGCCAGCACAAGCAUUGUCAAGUUGCCGCAUCAGAAGCACGAGCAGCUCCAGGUGCAGGGCAACCAAAUUCGUUUCAUAUACACGCUACUCACGGAAACCUACAAGGUGCCGCCCAAGUGUAUACUGGGCCUCGAAUUGGCCAAAGAUGGCAAGAAGAAGCGCAAGUGAUGAAGUCAGUAAGCAA